AUGGCAGAAACUAAUGAGAGUGAUCGUGUAAGUACUGAGCCAAAACUUCGCCUUGCUGUCGAGAUACUUAUGACAGAUGAUAAAUAUGUUAAAUAUGUCGAACAACGUAACUUAUUCUUGAGAGGAAUUGCUCUCAUUCGACAAAAAAAAUUCUUCGGAUCUUACCAAAUCGCUGGGAUAUAUGGGUUACCUUACGAGGUGUUUUGGGUACUUAUAACAGAAAUUAUCAAAAUGAUUCAAGCAAGAUAUGUAAAAGCUCUCGAAGAUCUUCGAUUUCCAUACUUGAACCUUUCCACCCUUGCUCAUGGUAUACCAUUAUUCUUUUUUGAUGAGACCGUUCGUGUAGCCGCUGAUACUGAAAAAGAUAAUUCUAAAAGAUACUCGGAAUUUCAAAUCCGAAAUCCUACUCAAAGACCGUACGUUCCAAAAGUUGGCGCACCUUAUACUCCCGAAGGAUUUGCUACAAACAGGCAUCUGAAGGUUGUUCAUGAUGCUUUACAUUCUGCAGUUGGUGAUGUCAAUGUUGGUCAUAUGGAAUAUCCAGAUGUUGCAGCUUUUGGUCCAAUAUUCUUUUACAUCAUUGCAAUGUUGAUCGUCUUUGUUGCUAUUGGCAAUCAUGUCAUCCAGAUGUUUGGAUUGAAGAGGAUGAUCAAACAAGCAGAACUUUUAAUUAUGUUCCAAGAGAAAAAAAAUUGGUGUUGA